AAACUGUUUUUAAUACUUUACUGGAUGUGAUGCAGUCCAUGGUAACCUCCCUGGCGGUAUUCACGAGUGUAGCUCGGGGUAAAGUUUCAGCACCACAAGCGGUAACCCCGAGCUACACUCGGGAAUACACUGCAGCGUUGCUCCGGGAUCCCUUCUUCACUUACCUUGUCCUGCGCUCCCACAAUGUCCCUCCUGCAGUGUCCCCUGUAAUGUCCUCCGGCCGAUGCCGGCAUCUGUCAUCUGGGUUCCGUCCCCUGCGAACGUCGGGACGUAUGGGGGACGGAACGGCGGGAAAUUUGAAAAUGACAAAAAGUGAC